UUUUCUUAUAAAAAUUUCAUCCUGUUUCAGAAUUUCUUCGUAAUAUUCAGCCUAAGAAUCCGCCAAUGGAACGCAGUAUAGAGUAUUUGGAGGGACAAAAACUAUACCUGCAGCAAAUACAGGGAAAUCUAAACGCUGAAUACUGGAGAGUCCAAGGGGAACCUGUGGGACCAAUCACCAUUACAAGACUAGCGGCCCUAGAGCAACAGAUGGCGGAUAAUUCACAAAGAAUCCGAGCAACUGAGGACCAGAUUAUCCAACUGCAAAUUCAGCAUGCGGAAGGAAAGGUGCAAGGCUUAAGAGUUCAAAAUGCAUGGCUGAAGAAUCAGGUGUCAUAUCGGCUUUCACUCCAAGAAGGACAAGGAUCAAAUGUGGUAGAAGAAAAUGAGUCUUCUGCACGUUCUGGUAGAGCUCGACGGUCUUGAUCAAAUGGAGUGAUGUUUAUGGGACCUCCAGAAAGAAGAAAUAAGUGUUCCCUGAAGAAGUCUUUGGUGGACAAGUAUAUUUUAUGCUAUAUAUCCGAAAAUUAUAUACUAUGAUUACAGAAAGUUUCAAUGGUGAACAGUUAGCCUUUGAACUAGA